AAACAGGAAGUAAACAGUGCGCGGAUGAGAGCAUGGAUGAUGGAAAGAUGGAAGAGUCAGAGUUUGAUGAUGUUUUAGAUGACUGGUUCAUCGAGUCCCUGAAAACGUACAAAGAUCUUCAUGUGUUUCAGCUGGAAGUUCCCACGCAGGUCAUCGAGUGGACGUCAGGGAAGACCGUGUGCGUCGCAGGUCACCGUCCGUCCAAAAAUGAAAUCUUGGAGCUUCGUUUGCCGCUAAAACUCUUCGCUGAUGAAAAUAAGGGUCUCUGUGCAGAACGGGAUUUUAAAGUUGUCCACGGCGGCUUCUCAGACGGUCCGGUUCGCUGCCUCAGACACGUCCCAGGAACCAGAUGUGUCGUUACCAACGACGGGGUAACCUCUGACCUGCAGCUGUGGGACCUCGGAGGAGACGACAGCGAUGUGAUCAGGAGAACAGGAAGUAUCGAGGGGACGAGGAGCGAUUCGCAGAGCGGCGGCGGCGGCGGCGGCGGCAGCAGGAUCGCAGCUCGUUUCUCGUCGGAGCCGAAUGUUCUUCACGGAGCUCAGAGCAGCGACGUCCGGCUGACGCAGCUCAGCUCAGGACGGACUCUUUAUAAACUAGCGUCGGACUCAGCGGAUCCUCUGAGUUCUCUACAGUUUCUGAGUGACGACGUUUUCCUCGCCGGCUGCUGUAACGGCAGCGUUUACAUUGCAGACACCCGGACGUCCGCUGCUGCUGCUCCUCAGCUUUCAGCUCCGCCCGCGUCCUCGGGUGAAUCCGUCCUCUGGUGGACGGACGCCACUGCGGGUCCGUCCCGUCCGGACCCGUCCGACUGCAGGCUGGUUCGACUCUCCUCGUCUGGACGGGCGCUGGUUUCAGACCUGAGGAGUCUGGGAGGAGCCGUGUGUCAGGCUCAGCUGGAUGUACCGACGCGUCUCUGCAGCCCGGAUGAUGUCAGAGUGUCGUGGGCGCCGGCGCUGGACGACUGCUUCUCAGUGUCGGGUUUCAGUGCAGCCGUUCAGAUCUACAACACGUCCGUCUGGACGGCGGCGCUGCAGGAAGCUCAGCCGCUGUUCGAGCACCGCGGUCACACGGUUUCAUCCCAACAGUCUGAUGACGGCGUCCCCGUCUUCGUCACCUCCCACGUCUGGCAUCCCGAGCGGCCGCGGACGCUGCUGUCCGCCGCCUCAGACGGCUCCGUCCACGUGUGGGACUGGGUCGACCAAUCGGCCGCCAGCUGAUGUGGGUCAGUAGAACCGCUGAGUCCGACGCGGCUUCCUGUGUGUGGAUGAAGAGAUGAAAGAUCCGUCUGAAUGUGAUUAAAGAAACAAUUUACUGAAAAGAACAAACAAACAUAAACGGAGCGAGAAAUAGAAAGUUGUUUCUUGUCGCCUUAAAAACAAUUUCAGAAAGUAGAAGAUGAUGUUCCAGAUCAAAUUCUGUGUGCAUCCUGUGAAAAGAAAAAUAAACAGUUCUGACUUUACAAAUUACACAUAAAAUGAUCUAUUCAGCUGUUCCUGGUACAGUCUGAGGUAAUAACACAUUUAAAUCAGACACAUGGAUAACAGUGUGUAAAAUUUAAAAAAAAACACAUUUAUCUUGCUUUUUCUCUUCAAAUUGAAACAUCUGUCGUGCAGCUCUGUGAGGCUGCAGAUAAAUACCAACAUGUAGAUGUUUAACAGGUUUAAUGAACCAUCUUAGUUCAAGUUUUUAUAAUCGGCAACUAUUCUGAUAGUCGAUUAAUCAUUUAAGUCACCGUUCGAGCACAAAUACCAAACGUUUGCUGAUUCCAGGUUUGCAAAUCAAAAGCCAGCAGCAGUUACAUCAUUAUAGAGGUCUGUGUGUGUGUGUGUGUGUGUGUGUGCAGCAGGUGUCGGAUCACACGCUGAAAGGGUUAACCCUCCUCGUCUCUAAUGGCGGCCGUAUCAGACUUCAGCCCAUUAAAGCUCCUCUCCAGCUGAGUUCGGCCGUUUCUCGGACUCCCUGACAUUCACUCCCAACUUCACGCGGUGAUUCGUCAGCUUUGAGGAGGUGAGAAAGGAGCCGAGGUCUCAACCUUCUCGUUCCAGUUUCUCCUUUUUUCAUUCAUGACACGACUAUUAGUCACUUUUCAUGUGAACAGCCGAGUGCAACAGUAUGUCUGCCUUCCAGGAGAGACUCUCUGAAAAUAUGCACCUUUUAAGCUCCGAGUUUAAACGAUGCUUCUCUGUGACGCGGUCGGACAGCAACUGUCCACAGAAACGAAGAAAACGGGUCCACAGUGAGGUCAUUUUUCAAAACUGAGUAUAACAAACACAGUCGUAUCGAGGUGGAGGCAGAUGUUUCAAACACAUCGGCACAUUAGGACCAAGCUUAUUAAAUUAAACACCACUAGAGGUAAGUGAGGUAGUUUAUUUUUGAGGGGGGGCAGGAGAUUAGGGUGACCCCAACCCCCUUUAAGUACAUGACGCAUGAAAACAUCUGUGUGGCAACAUGACACAUCUGUUGACGCAGUGAUGCAAUAAAAAAAAAACAGAUUUGUGUGAUUUGAAAUGAACGAACGUCUCACACGUGAGGACUCGCUGACCUGAGAUCAGACACUUUACUCUCGUUUGUGGGUCACGUGGAGUCAGACUGCACAAGAGUUUUCACGUCAAAUAAAAUAUUCCAAACAUGUGAUAUUUGGUCUUUGUCAUUGUGUUUACUCAGGGUUUGUUAGUUUAGUUUAUAGUCCAGGUCAUAUGUUCACUUUUUAUAAUAAAUAAAAGCAUGAAACUGGACAUUUUCAGACAUGGAGCCAUCGCAAAAACACCUCGUAGUGGCCACGUUUAUGGCUCCAUGUCUGAAAAUGUUCAAGGCCCCAAACUGUACAAGUGUGCCCAGUUUCAUGCUUUUAUUUAUUAUAAAAAGUGAACAUAAUUUUCACCUGGACUAUUAGAAUAUUUGAGACAUUUUAAUUCUGUUGGAAAUGUGAUUUUGUACUUUUAACAACAAUGACUGAAUGUUAUAAGAGAAAAUAAAUAAAAUGCUUUUUAAAAAAUAAAAAACUCCAACAGUGCA